AUGGCGGUUACAUCCCACGCGGCGGGGGCACAUCAACGUCGCGGGAGACCGUCUCGGGCGGCGCGGAUAAGGCGAAAAGUUACACGAGCAUGCGACGCCUGCAAGGCACGCAAAAAGGCAUGCACUGGAGACAUCCCAUGCGAGUCUUGUGUACGACUGGGGUUAUCAUGCACGUACAAUGUCCCCUAUAACCGGGGGUCUGCUGCUUUCCCGCAACCCUCUUCGCGACCUGUGGAAACAGGAGGCGGAAAUGGAGCGGACAAGCCGCCUGCUGAGAGAGUAGCAGCCAGGGCGAUAGUUACACCUCCACCCAUGCAGCUACCUGGACGCCGAUCUACCACCACGCCGUCGAGUCUAGCUGCGACACAUUCAUCGCCGGAAGAUGGUGAUUCAACCGAAGUUUGUGGCCAAUACCGAGGGCCGGCAUCGGCCCAUUCGUUCUUGGAUAGAGCCGUCAGAAACUUGCAUGGGGCUCCACCUCCACUGACGUCGCAUUCAGAGGAUGUCUCUGCUUCGAUUUUCUCGUAUGGCGAUCGGCGUGCCCCGAGAACCCUGGUAUCUCAAAUGCGCUGGCCCGACCGAUCAACGGCCGAUUACUUGAUACAGCGAUAUUUUGAUUUCGCAUCACCUACCUACCGAGUGGACUGUCGAAACUUGGGUGGAAACCCUUUUGGGCCCAAUGAGCCAUUAGAGAUCCAAAGUGCAGCCUCAACAGUGUCUACUGCUGCCAAAGCAAUUCUAUUACUGCUAUGUGCCACCAGUGCCUUAUUCUCCACUCUCUACGAUGGAUCACCUGCACAAAGCACCCAAAACUGGUCAAAUUGGCAGGAAAGCGAGACUUAUUAUCAGAUGGCUGAGCAGCUCCUUGCCCAGGAAGCCGGCGCACCGUCUCUGGAGUCUGCGCAGGCACGGUUUUUGACAGUGCUAUAUCUGCUGAGCACAUCUCGAGUGAACCAAGCAUGGUACAACUUUGGCACGACGGUACAAAUCGUGAUGUCACUAGGCCUUCAUCGAAAGCAAACACGUCCACGAGCAUUCGCGUCGAUUGCAUCGAAUGCGGUUGCUUCAGAAUGUUCGAAGCGUGUACUGUGGUGCUCCUUUACUCUUGAUGAGUACCUCAGCCUCAUACUUGGUCGGCCACGAUUACUCCGAGAAGAGGACAUUGAUCAAGAGUACCCAGCGUUAAUUAAUGAUGAAGCCCUUGACGCUAAGCCUAGACCACGUGCUGCUCUACAGAGAAAUUGUUUGAUGGAUGCAUCUGUUUGCCACGCGAAGAUAUCUCGAAUUCUAGCACGAGCCUCUAGGGACUUGUACUCGAUCCAGUCUCUCGAUAAGGAGCAAGAAGUCGAGGCCAUCGCAAUAUUAAUAGAGCAGAUCGGAGAAUGGCAAUCCAACUUACCACCUCUCUUGGGAGAUUGGGUUUGUCCGAGCAGCCUGAUUUCGAUUUUUCGAAGACAGCUGACUGUCAUCCGUCUCGCUCGACUACAUGCCAUUAUGUUUGUCACUCGGCCGCUUCUCCUUCGGGACUACUCACAGCACCAGGAGAAUGACAGACUCUUGAAGAAAUUUCUACGAACUUGCAUCUACACGGUUCGCGAUACCCUUGAGCUGGUGUUGGCGCUCGUGAAGGAUAAUCUACUGUUCCCAGCCUUCUGGUACACCCAGUAUAUUGCUUUCAAUGCCCUAUCAAUUGUCUACAUUUAUCUCAUCCACUCAAAAAAGGGUCGUAUUCCAUACGAAUGGCUAUUCGCGUGCGAGGAGGACCAGAAAUCACCACCCGUCGAUCGUCUGGUACUUUAUCAUCUGGCAGAGGAGGUGCAAUACCAUCUCGGUCAGGCCACCGAAAUGAACGCUCUUGCCUGGAGAUACACCGUCGUCCUGAAGGCUCUCAGACUGGAGGCAACUGGAGAAGGAAAUGACACGCAUGCUGAUGAUGCAGCAGAAUCGCAAGUCGAUCCGAAUGAAGAAGCCAUAGCCACUUUGCCAAUGGACGUCACUCGUGUAGAAGGUAUUUCUCAUGAGCAACACUCUGUCGAUUGGACUGGGCUUUGGACCUCCAUGAUGGAUCCAGUUAAUCCAUCGGUUCCCGGUGCGGGGACAUUUGAUUCAGGAAUAGGAGGCUUGCUCAGCUUCAAUGGUUCCACUGAUGAGCUUUGUCUUGACUUCUGGCCGCAGCUCGAUCGCCUACCAACAUCACUGUUGAAUUCACGGAAUGCGUCUCAGCUCUUUAGUGCUUCGAUUCCAUGCAACCAAUAUGCUACGACUGGAAAUGUGAAAUGA